AUGGACUUGUAUGGCAGGGAUACAAAGCGCAGGAGGAGGGGCGACGGAGAAGCUGGAAGCAGUACCAGCAACAUUGCCGCCUCGUCCUUCCUCGAUCUCAAGGCCCAGCUCGCUGGAAGGCGAGAGCGCGAGCAGGCGCAAUCGAGUGGGAAAUCUCUUCAGCCCAAGAGCGGGCGCAAAGACGAGGAGGAUGAAUACUCUAGGCAACGACUUCCCCCCCAUCUGCGUCAUGUCAGCAGCAGCAGCUCAUCGUCAUCAUCAUCGCCUUCGUCCUCGUCGAGGUCGAAGCACAGAGAUCGAGGUGGAGACGCUUCGACGCUUUCGUCCUGGGCAGAAACACCCUCCGCCCGUCUAGAGCGCGAUCGCAAGGCCAACCUAGCACGCAAGGCCAAGCUGUACGAUGAGCUACGUCGUGGGCUCAGUGGUGGACUCAAGCCGGAAGAUCUCGAGGAGGGAGGAAAGAUGCAAGGUCUUCUCGACUGGGAUCGCAUGAUCGAGGAGCGGCGGCAGACAGAGAGGGGUGAGGAGGUUCAUCGCGGGCGAAGCGACGAUGAAGGAGAGGAGGAUCAGCAAGGAAGCGAUAGCAGAGACCUCGUCGAGUACGAAGAUGAUAUGGGCCGCACGCGCCUGGUGCCUCGCAGCCAAGUACCCAUGGAAUACCUCGUCGAGCAGCGCCGUCGCAAGGAAGAGGGCGAGGCAGAUGCUCAAGGCACCACCCUGUAUGGCCCGCAAGCCCAGUUCCCCAUCAUGACUCGUGGCGACGUACCCAAGGAACCAGGACAGGACGCGCAACACUUUGAUGCAUCACACGAGGUACGCAACCGCGGAGCUGGCUUCUUUCGCUUUGAUCAGGACGAGGAUAAGAGGAAGGAGCAAAUGGAGGCCCUGCGCAAGGAGAGGGAUGAGACGUUGCGGCGCAGGGAAAACGUGAGCGGCGAAGGCGGCGAGGCGGUGGGAGGAAAGACGAUGAGCAAAGCUGAAGAGCGGCUCGAGGCUAGGAGAAGAUUUGUAGCCGCAAAGACAGAGGAGCUACGUCGCAAGAGGGGACAGGCAGGCGCAGCGAAUGACCCGCAGUCGAGCGCCGUAGACCAUUUCCUCGACACGCUCAGCACCGAGUGGGCGGCAAGCCAACGAUGA